AACGGACUUCCUGCUCCUCCCGUGAUGUCACGAGAGCUCCUGGCGUCACAACGCGGAAGUCGCCAAAGUUUUGGGGACCCUAAACUUGCAGCGGUGGCGGGAUAGCGCAAGAUGGCUCCGUCAGGUCUCAAGGCGGUGGUCGGGGAAAAAAUCCUGAAUGGGGUGAUCUCCAGUGUCAAGAAAGAUGGGGAGUGGAAGGUCCUGCUCGUGGAUCAUACCAGUAUGCGAAUACUGUCGUCGUGCUGCAAGAUGUCGGACAUUUUGGAUGAGGGCAUCACGAUCGUGGAAGAUGUUAAUAAGCGGAGAGAACCCAUCCCCAGCCUGGAAGCUAUUUAUCUCAUCACUCCCAGCGAAAAGUCCGUUCGCGCUCUUAUAUCCGAUUUCAAAGACCCCUGUACACCGUUAUACAGAGCCGCCCAUAUAUUCUUCACAGACACUUGCCCCGAGCCGUUGUUUAAUGAGCUGGGAAAGUCAAGAGUGCCCAAAAUGAUUAAAACCUUGAAAGAAAUCAAUCUGGCGUUCCUUCCUUACGAGUCACAGGUCUACUGCUUGGACGCGCAGGAGUCCUUUCACACCCUCUUCAGCCCGCACGGGAAGCCCGAGCGGACCAAAUGCCUGGAGAUGCUGGCGGAGCAGAUUGCCACCUUGUGCGAAACCCUCAAAGAGUACCCUGCAGUCCGAUACCGCAGUGGGUACGAGGACAAUGCCACCCUCGCUCACAUGGUGUUGGACCGGCUCAACGCGUUCAAAGCUGAUAACCCCAGCAUGGGGGAGGGCCCGGACAAGUCUCGUUCCCAGCUUCUAAUCGUGGAUCGCGGGUAUGACCCUGUCUCUCCCGUUCUUCACGAGCUCACCCUCCAGGCCAUGGCUUAUGACCUCCUGGACAUCAAGCAAGACAUAUACCACUAUGAGACAACUGGCAUUGCCGAGUCGCGGGAGAAGCAGGUCCUUCUGGAUGAAGAUGAUGACCUCUGGGUGGAACUUCGUCACAUGCAUAUCGCCGACGUGUCCAAGAAGGUAACGGAACUUCUGAGAUCUUUCUGUGAAAGCAAAAGAAUGACUACAGACAAGGCCAACAUAAAAGAUUUAUCCCAGAUCCUGAAGAAGAUGCCUCAGUACCAGAAGGAAUUGAAUAAGUAUUCCACACACCUUAACCUGGCUGAAGACUGCAUGAAGCGUUUCAAGGGCACCGUAGAGAAGCUGUGUGCGGUGGAGCAGGACUUGGCCAUGGGCUCAGACGCUGAAGGCGAAAAAUUGAAGGAUCCUAUGAAAAUUAUUGUUCCGGUCUUACUUGAUCCCAGUGUCAAGCCUUACGACAAAAUCCGUAUUAUCCUACUCUAUAUCUAUCUGAAGAACGGUAUCACAGAAGAAAACCUUGCUAAACUGAUCCAGCACGCCAACAUCCAGAGUGACAGCAACAUUAUACGAAACCUACAGCACUUGGGAGCCCGCGUGAUAACAGGGCAACCUGCUCAUAAUAAACCCGACAGAAAGGUCCGUGCGGAGUCCACCUAUCAGUUGUCUCGCUGGAUGCCGGCUCUAAGAGACAUCAUGGAGGACGCUAUUGAUGAUAAGUUGGAUAAAAAGCAAUGGCCGUUUGUUUCAGAACCAGUUACUCAAGUAGGAGCUUCUCAGAGUGUGGUCAGUGCUCGAUUUGGCCAUUGGCACAAAACACGCAGUGCUGCAGAGUAUCGUUCCGGCCCACGGCUUCUAGUUUAUGUCCUAGGAGGUGUUUCAAUGUCUGAAAUGAGGACUGCCUAUGAGGUCACCAAAGCUACCGACUCCAAAUGGGAGGUUUUGAUUGGAUCCACUCACGUCCUUACACCCACUAUAUUCCUGAAUGGUCUGAAAACUCUGGAUCAGCCUCUUUCAGCCACCAAUGGUGAAUGAAAGGCUUCAUUCACUCGCCCUCAGCGUUGUUACCACUGAUGACACUCCUUAGACUGUCCAAAACCAGCGCUUGAUGCUGAACAGUCUCCUCUGGCUCGUUCUUCCGAUUUUCCGAUUUGUGGCAAUCUGUCCUCCUUUCUCUGUCACUGGAACCAAAAUCAACCAUAUAAUUUAUUUUUUUUUGAAAUUGUAGAGGAACAAAUUGUCUAUUCUAUGAAUGACAGAUGAAGCUCAAUCUGCGAAUGGGGAACCCGAUUAAGAUUCUGAUUUAUAUGCAGCGUUAUUACGUUAACAUCAUGUUAUAUCCAAGUACAAAAUCUUAAAAUAGCUUAUAAAAUAUUUGUUACAUUUUGCUACAAAAACUAUUUUUUUUUAAUAAUUGUUAUAAAAUGACUGCAAUGCUGUAUUUUGGCGUUUAUUCUUGUGCCUAAAUCUGAACUUUUCCAAAAAUUACAUUCAUUUGCCUGAUCCAUUUCAAAAAUUCUUUUACUAGAAUACCGAAACAUUAUAACAAACUACAUUGGAUGGAUCAACGUAAGCAAAAAAAAAAUCUUUUAAAAAGUCCCCACAAAAUUGUGUUUUGUGUUGUCGGUUCCCUCUUGUAGUCUAAACCGCUUCCUGUAGCAUGGAAGAGGGGUAAGCCUGGCUGUCCGGCAAUCUUUCAUAUGCCAUGAACUAGGGGUCCUUGAAUAAACGACAAGUUAACAUUCUGUUUCCCAAAGACGUAAUGUAACUCGUCACACGAGAGCGCAGAAUUGGCAGUUUAAGAAAGAAAAACCAUGAUAUUUUGCAUAGGGUGUUAGAUCUACUAAAUGAAGUGUCUCAGAUUGGGUAGAAAGAGCCAGCAUGAGAAGAAGAGUUCCUGUCUGCCUUUGCCUCAGGGAGAUAG